AUGUCGACUCAUAGACCUUUUCAAUUAAAUCACGGUUCAAUUGAACAUACUUUAUUGGUACCAAAUGACUUAUUUUUUAACUAUUCACAAUUAAAAGAUGAAUUUAUAAAGACAUUACCCGAGCCAACUGAAGGUUUUGCUGGUGAUGACGAACCAUCCAGUCCUGCUGAAUUGUAUGGUAAAUUUAUUGGGUUCAUUAGUAAUGCCCAAUUCCCACAAAUUGUCGAAUUAUCAUUGAAAGAUUUCGAAUCGCGCUUUUUGGACAACAACAAUGACAAUAUUCAUUCCUUUGCCGUUAAAUUGUUAGACGACGAAACAUACCCAACCACCAUUGCUAAAGUCAAGGAAAAUAUUGUCAAGAAUUACUACAAAGCUGUCAAGUCUAUCAACAAAGUAGAAUCCAACUUAUUGUACCACUGCAAACAUGAUGCCAAGUUAGCUGCUAUAUUUGGUGGUCAAGGUAAUACAGACGACUACUUUGAAGAAUUGCGUGAAUUGUACACCUUAUACCAAGGUUUAAUUGAAGAUCUCCUUGUGUGCAUUGCUGAAAAAUUGAACCAAUUGCACCCAUCAUUUGACAAAAUCUAUACUCAAGGUUUGAACAUCUUGUCGUGGUUGAAACAUCCUGAAACUACCCCUGACCAGGAUUAUUUGUUAUCGGUUCCAGUGAGUUGUCCAGUGAUUUGUGUUAUCCAAUUGUGUCAUUACACUAUUACUUGCAAAGUUCUUGGUUUGACGCCAGGCGAAUUUAGAAAUUCCUUGAGAUGGUCUACUGGUCAUUCACAAGGUUUAGUUACCGCUGUCACUAUUGCUGCAUCCGAUUCCUGGGAUUCAUUUUUAAAGAAUUCAUUGACAGCCGUGUCAUUGUUGCUUUUCAUUGGUUCUAGAUGUUUGAGCACCUACCCAAGAACUUCAUUGCCACCUACUAUGUUGCAGGACUCAUUGGAUAACGGAGAAGGUAGACCAUCUCCAAUGUUGUCGGUUAGAGAUUUGUCCAUCAAACAAGUUGAAAAAUUUAUUGAACAAACCAACUCACAUUUGCCUAAGGAAAAACACAUUGCCAUCAGUUUGAUAAACGGUGCUAGAAACUUGGUUCUUUCGGGUCCACCAGAAUCUCUUUAUGGGUUCAACUUGAAUUUAAGAAACCAAAAGGCACCAAUGGGCUUAGACCAAUCACGUGUCCCAUUCAGUGAACGUAAGUUGAAAUGCUCCAACAGAUUCUUACCAAUAUUUGCUCCAUUCCAUUCCCAUUUAUUAGCUGACGCCACUGAGUUGAUUUUGGAUGAUGUCAAGGAACAUGGGUUGGUUUUUGAAGGAUUAAAAAUCCCAGUGUACGACACUUUUGACGGUUCGGACUUUCAAGGAAUCAAGGAACCAAUUAUUGAUCGUGUUGUCAAGUUGAUUACUGAAUUGCCAGUUCAUUGGGAAGAGGCCACCAACCACAAGGCUACUCAUAUUUUAGAUUUUGGCCCAGGUGGUGUUUCUGGAUUGGGUGUUUUGACUCACAGAAAUAAGGAGGGUACUGGUGCGAGAAUUAUUCUUGCUGGCACUCUUGACUCCAAUCCUAUUGAUGAUGAGUAUGGUUUUAAACAUGAAAUUUUCCAAACUUCUGCUGACAAAGCCAUUAAAUGGGCACCAGAUUGGUUGAAAGAGUUGAGACCAACUUUGGUUAAAAACUCAGAAGGCAAGAUUUACGUGAAGACCAAGUUUUCGCAAUUGUUAGGUAGAGCUCCUUUAAUGGUUGCUGGUAUGACUCCAACUACUGUCAACACCGAUAUUGUUAGUGCUGCUUUAAAUGCUGGCUACCAUAUUGAAUUAGCCGGUGGUGGUUAUUUCUCUCCAGUUAUGAUGACCAAGGCAAUUGACGAAAUUGUUUCUAGAAUCAAGCCAGGUUAUGGUUUAGGGAUCAACUUGAUCUAUGUUAACCCAUUUAUGUUGCAAUGGGGUAUUCCAUUGAUCAAAGAUUUAAGAGAAAAAGGUUAUCCAAUUCAAUCAUUGACUAUUGGUGCUGGUGUUCCAUCUAUUGAAGUUGCCACUGAAUAUAUUGAAGACUUGGGAUUGACGCAUUUGGGCUUGAAACCAGGUUCAGUUGAUGCCAUUAGUCAAGUUAUUGCUAUUGCCAAGGCCCACCCAACAUUCCCAAUUGUUAUGCAAUGGACUGGUGGAAGAGGUGGUGGUCACCAUUCAUUUGAAGAUUUCCAUCAACCAAUUAUUCAGAUGUACUCCAAGAUCAGAAGAUGUUCAAACAUUAUUUUAGUUGCUGGUUCAGGUUUUGGUUCAGACGAAGACACUUAUCCAUACUUGAGUGGUUACUGGUCUGAAAAAUUCAACUAUCCUCCAAUGCCUUUUGAUGGUGUUUUGUUUGGUUCAAGGGUGAUGACAUCGAAGGAAUCUCACACUUCGUUGGCAGCUAAGAAAUUGAUUGUUGAAUGUAAAGGUGUUCCAGACCAACAAUGGGAACAAACCUAUAAGAAACCAACUGGUGGUAUCAUCACUGUUAGAUCGGAAAUGGGAGAACCUAUUCAUAAGAUUGCCACUAGAGGUGUUAUGUUCUGGAAGGAAUUGGACGAUACUAUUUUCAACUUGCCAAAGAAUAAGUUGUUAGAGGCCUUGAACAAGAAGAGAGAUCAUAUCAUUAAAAAGUUGAACAAUGAUUUCCAAAAGCCAUGGUUUGGUAUAAACGCCAAUGGUGUUUGUGACUUGCAGGAAAUGACUUACAAGGAAGUUGCCAAUAGAUUGGUUGAAUUGAUGUAUGUUAAGAAGUCUCACAGAUGGAUUGAUGUUUCGUUGAGAAACUUGUAUGGUGACUUUUUAAGAAGAGUUGAAGAAAGAUUUACCAGCAGUACCGGUACAGUUUCAUUGUUGCAGAACUUUAACCAAUUGAACGAACCAGAACAGUUUACUGUUGAUUUCUUUGCAAAAUUCCCUCAAGCAGGUAAACAAUUGAUUUCUGAAGAAGAUUGUGAUCACUUUUUGAUGUUGGCUGCCAGACCAGCACAGAAACCAGUCCCAUUUGUUCCGGUGUUGGAUGAAAGAUUUGAGUUCUUUUUCAAAAAAGAUUCACUUUGGCAAUCUGAAGAUUUGGAAAGUGUUGUUGAUGAAGAUGUUCAAAGAACCUGUAUUUUGCAUGGUCCUGUUGCUUCGCAAUUUACUACCAAGGUAGAUGAACCAAUUGGUGAUAUUUUGAACUCAAUACACGAAGGUCACAUUGCCAGAUUAAUCAAAGAAGAAUACUCUGGAGACGAAUCCAAGAUUCCUGUUGUUGAAUAUUUUGGUGGAAAGAAAGCCGCAAGUGCAUCCAGUGGUUGUGUUAAUGUCGCUAAAGGCAAAGAAGUUGUUUAUGAGAUUGACUCGCAGCUCCCAGGUAAACAAGAAUGGUUAGAUUUAUUGGCUGGAACCGAGUUGAACUGGUUACAAGCAUUUAUUUCCACUGACAGAAUUGUUCAAGGGUCUAAACACGUUUCUAACCCAUUGCAUAAUAUCUUGACUCCUGUUAAACAUUCCAAGGUUACCAUUGACAAGGAAACCAAGAAGUUGACUGCUUUUGAAAACAUUAAAGGUGACUUGUUGCCAGUUGUUGAAAUUGAGUUGAUCAAGCCAAACACCAUCCAAUUGUCUUUAAUUGAACAUAGAACUGCCGAUUCUAACCCUGUGGCAUUACCAUUUUUGUACAAGUACAACCCAGCCGAUGGGUUUGCACCAAUUUUGGAAAUCAUGGAAGAUAGAAACGAGAGAAUCAAAGAAUUUUACUGGAAGUUGUGGUUUGGAUCUUCUGUUCCAUACUCUAACGAUAUUAAUGUUGAAAAAGCUAUUUUGGGAGAUGAAAUUACCAUUUCAAGCAAGACUAUUAGUGAAUUCACUCAUGCAAUUGGUAACAAGUGUGAUGCAUUUGUUGACAGGCCUGGUAAGGCUACUUUAGCACCAAUGGAUUUUGCUAUUGUUAUUGGAUGGAAGGCUAUCAUUAAGGCUAUUUUCCCCAAGAGUGUUGAUGGUGACUUGUUGAAGUUGGUUCAUUUAUCCAACGGUUACAAGAUGAUUCCAGGUGCUGCUCCGUUAAAGAAAGGCGAUGUUGUUUCUACCAAGGCUGAAAUCAAAGCAGUUUUGAACCAACCAAGUGGGAAAUUGGUUGAGGUUGUUGGUACCAUUUAUCGUGAAAACAAACCGGUUAUGGAAGUUACUUCUCAAUUCUUGUACCGUGGUGAAUACAAUGACUACUGCAACACGUUCCAAAAAGUUACUGAAACCCCUGUUCAAGUUGCCUUCAAGUCCCCAAAGGAUCUUGCUGUGUUAAGGUCUAAGGAAUGGUUCCAUUUGGAAAAAGAUAUCGAGUUUGAUGUUUUGACCUUUAGAUGUGAAUCCACUUACAAGUUCAAGUCUGCUAACGUUUAUUCGUCAAUUAAAACAACUGGACAAGUGCUUUUAGAAUUACCUACCAAAGAAGUUAUUCAAGUUGGUUCUGUUGAUUAUGAAGCUGGUACCUCAUAUGGUAACCCAGUUACCGACUACUUGUCUAGAAAUGGUAAGACCAUUGAAGAAUCGGUUAUUUUUGAAAAUGCCAUUCCUUUGUCUUCUGGUGAAGAGUUGACUUCGAAAGCUCCUGGUACCAACGAACCUUAUGCUAUUGUUUCUGGUGAUUACAAUCCUAUUCACGUUUCAAGAGUUUUUGCUGCCUAUGCCAAGUUACCAGGUACCAUCACCCAUGGGAUGUACUCGUCUGCUUCGAUCAGAGCAUUGGUUGAAGAAUGGGCUGCUAAUAAUGUUGCAUCAAGAGUUAGAGCAUUCAAGUGUGAUUUCGUUGGUAUGGUAUUACCAAAUGAUACUUUGCAGACUACUAUGGAACAUGUUGGUAUGAUCAACGGACGUAAGAUCAUCAAGGUUGAAACGAGAAAUGUCGAAACCGAGCUUCCUGUUUUGAUUGGUGAAGCUGAAAUUGAACAACCAACUACAACUUAUGUUUUCACUGGUCAAGGUUCUCAAGAACAAGGUAUGGGUAUGGAGUUGUACAAUUCUUCUGAAGUUGCUCGUGAAGUGUGGGAUAAGGCUGACAGACAUUUUGUCAACAAUUAUGGUUUCUCUAUUUUGGAUAUUGUUCAAAACAAUCCAAAUGAAUUAACUAUCCAUUUUGGCGGUGCUAAAGGUAGAGCUAUCAGAGAUAACUAUAUUGGUAUGAUGUUUGAAACCAUUGGUGAAGAUGGUGCUUUGAAAUCAGAAAAGAUUUUCAAGGAUAUUGAUGAAACUACUACUUCCUACACAUUUGUUUCUCCAACUGGUUUGUUGUCAGCCACUCAAUUUACUCAACCGGCUUUGACUUUAAUGGAAAAGGCUGCUUAUGAAGAUAUCAAGUCCAAGGGGUUGAUUCCAUCUGAUAUUAUGUUUGCUGGUCACUCUCUUGGUGAGUAUUCUGCUUUAUCGUCAUUGGCUAAUGUCAUGCCUAUUGAGUCUUUGGUGGAUGUUGUGUUUUACAGAGGUAUGACUAUGCAAGUUGCUGUUCCAAGAGAUGAAUUGGGUAGAUCCAACUAUGGUAUGGUGGCUGUCAACCCAAGCAGAGUUAGCGCUACAUUUGACGAUAGUGCAUUGAGAUUUGUUGUUGAUGAAGUUGCUAACAAGACCAAAUGGUUAUUGGAGAUUGUUAACUACAAUGUUGAGAAUCAACAGUAUGUUGCUGCUGGUGACUUGAGAGCAUUGGAUACUUUGACCAACGUUUUGAAUGUGUUGAAGAUUAACAAGAUUGAUAUUGUCAAGUUACAAGAACAGAUGAGCAUUGACAAGGUUAAGGAACACUUGUAUGAGAUUGUUGACGAAGUUGCUGCCAAGUCUUUGGCCAAACCACAACCUAUUGAAUUGGAAAGAGGAUUUGCUGUUAUUCCAUUGAAGGGUAUUUCUGUUCCAUUCCAUUCGUCAUACUUGAUGUCAGGAGUCAAACCAUUCCAAAGAUUCUUGUGUAAGAAGAUUCCAAAAUCAUCAGUCAAGCCUCAAGAUUUGAUUGGCAAAUACAUACCUAACUUGACUGCUAAACCAUUUGAGUUGACUAAAGAAUACUUCCAAUCAGUAUACGAAUUGACCAAAUCGGAAAAGAUCAAGAAUAUUUUAGACAAUUGGGAACAAUACGAAUAA